GGCCGCGCUGGGGCGAUGGGGGCGGCGGAGCCGCUGCGCUCCGUGCUGUGGGUGAAGCGGCGGCGCUGCGCCGUGAGCCUGGAGCCCGCGCGGGCGCUGCUGCGCUGGUGGCCGAGCCCGGGGCCCGGGCCCGACGCGCCCGGCGCGGAUGCCUUCUCGGUGCCCGUGUCUGAGAUCAUCACCGUGGAAGAAGCAGACACUCACAAGAAGUGCCACGCCAGUGGCCAAUGGCAGAAGAUGGGACAGCCUUGCGCAUUCACAGUUCACUGUGUGAAGCGAGCUCGACAUCACCGCUGGAAGUGGGCACAGGUGACUUUCUGGAGCACGGACGAGCAGCUGUGUCACCUGUGGCUGCAGACCCUCCGGGAGCUGCUGGAGAGACUGUCAUCUAGACCCAAGCACCUGCUGGUGUUCAUCAACCCACUCGGAGGAAAGGGCCAAGGCAAGCAGAUAUACGAAAGGAAAGUGGCGCCGCUGUUCACGCUGGCCUCCAUCACCACCGAGGUCAUCGUGACCGAGCGUGCGAACCAGGCCAAGGAGACCCUGUGUGAGGUCAGCAUGGACAAGUAUGAUGGCGUCGUCUGUGUCGGUGGCGACGGCAUGUUCAGCGAGGUCCUGCACGGUCUGAUCGAGAGGACGCAGAGGAGCGCCGGUGUGGACCAGAACCAGUUCUGCGCCAAGCUGGUGCCCAGCCCCCUCAGGAUCGGCAUCAUCCCCGCAGGGUCGACCGACUGCGUGUGCUACUCCACCGUGGGCACCAACGACGCCGAGACGUCCGCCCUGCACAUCGUGGUUGGGGACUCGCUGUCCAUGGACGUGUCCUCGGUGCACCACAACAACAUGCUGCUGCGGUACUCAGUGUCCCUGCUGGGCUACGGCUUCUAUGGGGACUUGAUUGAGGACAGUGAGAAGAAGCGGUGGAUGGGGCCUGCCAGAUACGACUUUUCAGGUUUGAAGACCUUUCUCUCACAUCACUGCUACGAAGGGACAGUGUCUUUCCUCCCAGCCCAGCACACCACGGGAUCCCCACGGGAUCCGAAGCCCUGCCGGUCAGGAUGCCUGGUGUGCAGGCAGAGCAGGCAGCAGCUGGAGCAGGAGCAAACCCUGCGCGGCCCGCCGGACUCCGAGAAGGUGGAGGAGUGGCAUGUCAUCUGCGGGAAGUUUCUGGCCAUUAAUGCCACGAACAUGUCCUGUGCUUGUCCCCGGAGCCCUAGAGGCCUGUCCCCAGCCGCCCACCUGGGAGAUGGGACUUUCGACCUCAUCCUCAUCCGGAAGUGCUCCAGGUUCAACUUCCUGAGAUUCCUCCUCAGGCACACCAACCAGUACGACCAGUUUGACUUCAGUUUUGUUGAAGUCUAUCGCGUGAAGAAAUUCCAGUUCACCUCCAAGUCCCUGGAUGAAGAGGACCACACCCUCAAGGACAGGGGAAAGCAGGGGUUGGGGCAGAUCUGCUGUGACAACCCCGCCUCCUGCUGCUCGGCCCCCCGGAGCUCCUGGAACUGCGACGGGGAGAUUCUGCACAGCUCUGCCAUCGAGGUCAGGGUCCACUGCCAGCUCAUUCAGCUCUUUGCAAGAGGAAUCGAAGAGACGCCUCAGCAGGAGCCCUGCAGCUGAGGGCCCCACCCGCCCCAUGCGCGGAGAACAAGAUACGUUUUGUCAACAAUUCUGCAUACAUAUCUGGCAUUUGAGUUCCCUGGGAGCUGAGUGGCGCUGCACACAACUGGUUUCUCAGCAUCCAGUGCCGCGGGCGUGGGGCCUGGCCUCGGAGCUCAGCGACGCGGACAGCACAGAUCUAAGGUCGGCCCCUAGCGGUUCCAGGGCAAUGACUUUAGGGACACAGGAGUAUUUUCCAGGAAUCAGGCCCACCUUCUGGACGCAGGGGCCUGGGUCACCGAUCUGCUUUAUAAGAUUCUUCUGGAAUGGUCUGAGCAGGUUUUGGGAAACAGGUAUUUCUUCAUUUUACGUCCACCUUCCCUGUGGUCAGGGCGUUGCCAUCUGGUGAGGCCUGAGGAGCCCCUGAGGGCAACGUUUGACCUUGCAAACCUCCUUUCCUGCUGCCCUCCCAGCUGUGUUCGUGAGACCGUCCACGGGCAGCUCCGCGGUGGCUAUGCAGACGGCUGGAAACGUGCUGGUGAGGGCUCGUUCUCUUUAAAGGCAAAACAUGGACAUCGUAUAUGGACACAACGUGGGCUUUCUGGGGAGCAGAAAGCAGCGGGCAUUCCACGGGGACAUUCGCUUUGACAGGGUGGCCCUGACUCCAGCAGGCUGACCUGGCGCCGGCCUGCAGUCUCCUGUCGUCUCACGCUGACCUCUGUAUCGACAGCAUUGCCGUCCUCAGUGGGACCAGCACAGUGGUGUCUCCGCCGUCUCCCCAGCCCUGAGCGAUGAUGGCAGCUUCCUGCUGAGGUCCUGGAGCCAGGGACCGGCCCCCUGCAGGCUUCCCGCCACUGGGCUCCUGACUGCGCCUGUCCUCCUUGUUUUCAGACUGACGUGUGAUGAGCCCUGUGGAGUGGCACGUGAGGCAGCCUGACCUCUGGCCUGGAAGAGAAGGCACCACCUGUUAGGAGACCGUGGUUCACUGCUGCCGCUGUGGGUGGCUCCUCCACAGACCCCCAGGUGGCUGCCGCAUCCGACAGAGAGCAUCUGUUUUGGGGAUUCUUUGCGUUGAUUUGUAUUUUGAGGCAGACACAAAGCCUCCUGUCUUGUCAUUCGGUCCCACCCGGGCUUUUCCCGUGGCUUCUGUAUUAGUGGACCGGGUUGGCAACGGCAGCCGUGUGGCUGGAUGGUUCAGUAAGCCCAGGCUGAGUCACCGGCUGGGUGACAGUGGGCAGACCGGGCCUCUGUAUUCAGGUUUGCUCCUGGUUGGGAAGAAACCAGAGAGCCAGAGUGGCAGCUUUUGAGGGGGCAAUGACCACUUGUGCUCAGCAGCCGACAGGCAGGGGGCAACCUCAGGCCAGGGUGCUCCUAGGAGGUCCCACCUGGGAUGACACCCUGACUCCUGCUUCCCUUGGGCCAUUCCAGAAGGGCUCAGGUGGAGGGUCCUGAGGAGGCUGUGGCUGCCCCUGAGAACUGGGCCAUCUUACAAGCUUCCCCAAAGAUUCGGAGUCCUGACCCUGUUAAAUGCUUCCCCGGGCCUGGUCUGCCCAGAACCCCUGCCAACCUCGGAGGAUGGCCCAGGCCGAAGACGCUGCGGUGGAACUUACCAGUGGCAGGCUUAUUCUACAACCUGGGACUGCACAGGGGGCCGUGGCAGAUGCCCCCAAAGCCCCCUGGGACUGCACGCAGGACGGAGGCAGCCUCUGCCAUUCCAACGAAUGGGCUCUGUCUGCCAGGAGGCCUCACAGCAACCCCAAGCCCUGGACUUGGGGACUUUAACAGAAGGACACCAGAAGUGAUGGUAGACAGUGACAACUUGGGACCCCUGAGAUGGGAUGGUCUCUAAACUUCCUCUGUGGCUUUUUGGUGUGAAACAAUCAGGCAGCAGUUCUGCCCCGUGACUGCGGUUCAAAUCGAGAAGUGGGGGCGGGCAGUGCGGCUGGGAACGCCGUGGAGAGGGCUUAAUUUUCUGCCUAAUCUUGCUGGUUUCAAGAUUAGUAAAUAGUGUAUUUGAUCUGAUAUGUUUGAGAAGACAAAAAUAAAGUUACUUUGGGCAGAA